AUGCGCGUCUUGGGCCAGCGCCCAGGGCCGGCCGCCCAGCAUCCCCGGCCGGCAUCCGCAGCGCGUCUGGUCCCCGUCUCCCCCCGGAGAGUCCUCGGGCACUGCGGCAACGCGGGCACACGCCUGCCUCCCCACCCCCACCCCGCCCCCAAAGCCGCAGUGGGUUGUGUCACUCGGUCUGGACGCCUGGAACAGAGCGCACCGCGGCGUCCACGGACAGACCCCGAGUCCGGUGAACCAAAGCCCAUCGAUGGGCAGGAGGGACCCCAAGACUCUGGGGGAGGGCGAGAUCGGGGUGCUGUUAGGACCCCAUCACCGGGGGGGGGGUGUGUGGCGGAGAUUGGACAUCUCUUUAGGAGCGAUCUGUCGCCGUGGAGUUGCGCGGAGCGGGGGAGCGGGCUGCGCCCCGCGCGUCCCCCAGGGGAGAGCCGAGGACGCCCCGCGCCCGGCCCGUUACGUAACCCUCACCGGCGAAGGACCGGGAGGGCGCGGGGCGCACCGGCGCUCAUCCAGGACGGUAAUUCACAGUCCACUCUGGCUGCACCCAAAGGUGCACUGGGGUGGGAAGGAGACCUAAUGUGGGGGGCGUCGGGACCCGUUUCCCUCCCCUGCCCCGCACCCCGACCCCCUCCGUCGCCACCUCCGCGGCGGGAGCCCGGUGCCCGGCGGUGA